GUGCCCUCUCAGAGGUGCAUCUCCCUUCCUAAUCCCUCCCCGAGCGGAGUAGUGCUCCAUCGGUCCACCGGUGCAACCGCAUCAGCAACAGCGGGGUCUAACCACAGCGCGCACUCGACGGCUGCUCGGUUCCUCCGAGCAGCAACGCCCCGCGAAAGAGACAGUGUUAAGUGGUGAUCGCGUCCGUCCAGACGUUUGAGGGACUUCGGUGGCCCGCAAGAACCAGGCGCACAGGAUGAGGUCCUUGCUAGUCCUCUUCGUAAUCGAAGCUGCGUUCCUCGCCGGCAGCACUGCAAGGCGGCUGUCCGGCGGUUACGGCGGGGCUGACGAGCUCCUUAACCAAAUUUCCGGCACGACCACACCUACUCCGGGCGACUAUGGAGACGAACGCGACUACACAUCCGCGGAUCUGCCGGCGCCCCAGGGAGGAGGCGACGGCGCCUUCCCCAACGGUGGCGGCGGCUACGGUCACGGGAAGCCCGGUGGCUUCGGUGACACCACGGGGCCGGAUGGUGAUGGCUUCGGACACACCCCCACUAACGGUCACGUAGGACAUGGCGCUGAUAUUAAAGCGCCGCACCAUAUCGGCGCACCACACCACACCGGCGCUCCGCACUUGACAGGAGGGCCCCACCACACUGGCGCACCUCACCACACUGGAGGCCCUCACGCCGGAGGGCUUCAUCACACGGGAGGGCCUCUCACCGAUGGACCGCAUCACACUGGUGGGCCACACGCUGGCGGCCUUCACCAUACUGGUGGACCCUUCACCGAUGGACCUCACCACACUGGAGGACCUCACGCUGGUGAUCUUCACCAUACCGGGGGCCCCACACCAAUGGACCUCACCAUCCUGGUGGCCCACACGCCGGUGGCCCUCACCACACUGGAGGACCCUUCACCGAUGGACCUCACCACACUGGAGCACCACACGCCGGUGACCUUGACCAUACCAGAGGCCCCUUCGCGGAUGGACCUCACCACACUGGCGGGCCACACGUUGGUGGCCUUCACCACACCGGAGGUCCUCACGCCGAUGGACCUCACCACACCGGAGCUCCUCACCACACUGGAGGUGUGACGCACCACACCGGAGGACCUCUUCACGCUGGGGAUCUUGUUCAGACCGGAGGUCCUCACCACACUGGUGGAACCGGUGCUCCGCACCACACGGUCGGCCCUCACCACGGAACAGGGUACGCACCUCGGUACUGGCCCGCACCACGUGACGCCCGGACCUUACGGACACGGCGGUGAUGACGACACGACCGGCACUACAGCGUAUCCUGGCAGCGGUCACACUGGCCACGUCCCAACCACGGUUGGCGGUGAUCAAACGGGUGAUCGCUUCGAGCCAUUCAAGGUCACCGGAACUCCGUCGGCUCACGGACACCACGCUGGUCACGGAGUGCACCCCGGCCACAGACCUGCUCCCGCCUACACGCCGUCUGUGCCAAACGGACAUACGGGACCCACUGUCGGUGGCGGUGCCGGACCUGAUACGACUUUCGAACCUUUCAAGACGACUGGGCCCGGCUCUGAAGACUAUCCAGGUGGACCAACCGGACCUGCGGGACCAGGCUUCGGUGGUGAUGGAGUCACGAGCGGGCCCACCGACACACCGACCCACGGAGGACCAGGCGUAACACCGUCACACGGUUUCACAGGGCAGCCGCACGCUGGACAUGCUGGCGGACCAGGCGGUGUCACUGGAAGCCCUUUCGCGCCUACCGAUGCUCCCGACUACGGCCUACCGAAGAUUUCGACACUUCCUCCAGCGGGGCCCAACGGUUUACCGAACGGCUUCCCUAACGGUGGUCCGCAUGCUGGUCAGCAACACGUUGGCGGUGCUCCACAUGACGAUGGACAGUACCACGGAGACGAUGGCCACGACGGACACGAUGGCCAGCCCUGGCCAGCUAUCAGAGGAACACCCGGUCAAGACUACCCUGUAUACAGUUCCAUUCCUCGCACGGGAUUCAGCUGCAGGGAGCAGCAGUAUGCUGGGUACUACGGUGACAUGGACGCACAGUGCCAAGUCUUCCACAUUUGUCAAGAAGACGGCCGACACGACGCGUUCCUGUGCCCCAACGGCACCGUUUUCAACCAGAGGUUCUUCGUGUGUGACUGGUGGUACAACUUCGAGUGCGACGAAACGCCCUCGUUGUAUCACCUCAACUCCCAGCUCUACGUCGGUGCCAGACUGGCGCCGGCCCUGCGGGAGGUGCUCCGGGAGGCGUCUAUGGCGCUGCGGAACCACAACAGCAAGGUCCUGGUAACCCCGGGACACCUAGGUCCACACACAACUGACGGAUUUCCCGCGACCACCCCUACCGGCUCGUUUACAGGAGCUCCCGGUGGCCCCCACACCGGUCCCGCCCACCAUGGUCCCGGACAUAUAGGAGUGGUUCCUAACGGGCACGUCCCGAACGGUGGCUUCGGCGAUCACACAGGACCUGCUCACGGUGGCUUCACCGAUGAAGCUCCCGGAUACGGCACCACUGGUCACACUGGCGGUCCCACACACGGAGGUCCCGGAGUGACGGGUGUCACUCACGGAGGACCAGAUCACACUGGUCCCACGCACCACGGUGGUCCUGGGUUCGACGGACCAGCGACACACACUGGUACCACGCACACGACGCACGGCGUUCCCGGAUUCGGUCAACCCGGAACCCACCACACUGGUCCAGCGCACACGACCCUCGGAGGUCUGGCUGGUCAUGACGGUCCGGAUCACGGCGGUCCCACGCACGGCGACCUCGGACACGGCGGACCACACCACGGAGGCACCGCAGGUCCAGACUUCUCGGGCCCCACAACUCACGGAGGGCCGCAGCACCAUGGAGGAACCACGGGACCAGCGACUCACGGCGGGCCGCAUCACGGUGGCACCACCGGUCCCGCUCACCACGGAGGACCAACUCAUGCCGGUCCCGGCUCUGCUGACCUCACUGACACUGACGAAGACGACUACGGCGAUGCCGGCAGGCCCGGAUACGGUGGCGGCGGAGGAGGCCACCGAGGAGGCAAGUUCAGCGCGGGCUUCGGCACGACGGCGGCCGAUUACGCGGCGGGCGGAGACGACUUUGUCACCGGAGGCGGCAGGCCGACUACCGGCGGCCCGGCCCACCACGGCGGUCACACAGCCGCCCCAGAGCUCCCGUCCCCGCACCACAACGGAAACGGCGACAGCAACGGAAACGGCGACAACAACGGAAACGGAAACGGCGGCCCGGACAGCGGACAGCUCAAGUAUCCCAGCUACUACUAAGACGAUCGCAAUGCUCCAACCGCGGCUUCUCUCUGUCUCGCUCCAGUUUUCUUUCCUCGUCCUAGAAUCGAGCGGAUCUGUAAGAUACCAAUCCAUGCGUGUUGUUUGGCCAUAUUCAGCGAGUGCCGGUGACUGUGCGCGCGUGAGUGUGAGUGCUUCGGCGGAGGCGCGUCGUAUUGCACGUCGCCUCCGGGAGUGGCUGUGUUCAUCGCGAUGAGAAUGCGUGCAACAUAUUUGUUAAUUUGUUACGAUGUAUAUUAUAGCAAGGAGGAAGACAUACAACAUAUAACAUAUAUACUUGGGUAGCCGGGGUGUUCAUCGCGCGUCUUGUCGGCGAGUUGGACGCCUUGGUUUGGUGGCUUUUCUCUCGCGACCUUGUUCUCGUCUCCUUCGAUCUUCCCGUCCGUCAGGCUUCAGAGAUCUAUAGAAAUGCACGAUAUUUUGUAAUUUAUCAUUCUAGUCCUCUUUGCUAUAAUAUGCACACCAAGUUGAAAUAAAA